CUGCUGUGAUGUUCUGGCCUCAGUCCUGCGUUCUCCUCACUCAGAGCUGAGAGAUCUGGAGCUCAGAGACAACGAGCUGCAGGAUUCAGGAGUGAGAGCGCUUUCUGCUGGACUGGAGGACCCACAUUGUAAACUGCAUAGAAUGGGGCUGUCAGGCUGUAGAGUCACACAGAGAGGCUGUGAUUCUCUGGCUUCAGCUCUGUGUUCAAACCCCUCAUACCUGAGAGAGCUGGACCUGAGAUACAAUCACCCAGGAGACUCAGGAUUGAGAGCGCUGUCUGGUGCUAAACUGGACUCACUCACACUGCUUAUGGACCAUGGAGGAGAGAACAGGACCAAACCAGGACCCAGGAAAUACGGCUGUCAGCUCAUACUGGAUCCAAACACAGCGAACAGAUUCCUGUCUCUGUCUGAGGGGAACAGGAAUGUGGUACAUACACCGGGGUCAAAGGAACCAUAUCCUGAUCAUCCAGAGAGAUUUGAGAACUGGCCCCAGGUUUUGUGCAGAGAGAGUGUGUGUGAGCGCUGUUACUGGGAGGCUGAGUUCAGUGUGUCUGAGGUGGGAUGGGUUUAUAUAGCAGUGACAUAUAAAGGAAUCAACAGGAAAGGAGAGGGUUCUGACUGUGUAUUUGGAUGGAAUAAAAACUCCUGGAGUCUGGAGUGCAUUAAACAAAGAUACUCUGAUAAACACAGUUACUCUGUCUGGCACAAUAAGAACCAAACACACAUACCUGCCCCCCCCUCCCCCUACCGCAGAGCAGGAUUGUGUGAUGAUGAUGAAGAUGGUGCUGGUAGAGGAGUGUGUGUGUACAGGGUAGGAGUGUGUGUGGACUGUCCGGCCGGCACUCUGUCCUUCUACAGUGUCUCUGACUCUGACACACUGACCCUCCUGCACAGAUUCCACACACACUUCACUCAACACACACCCCUCUGUGCUGGAUUUUAUGUGUGGGAGUCCUCAGUGUCCCUCUGCUAA